GUUUAACACCAUAACAUUGUUUUUGCUGUAACUAACAUGCGUUUCCUGGGUGUUGUGUUUAUUAUACAAGCGUGUUCGGCUUUGAACAGGACAGUUGAUCUCAGUCAUGGUUUUGAUGAGAAAACCAUCUACUGGUUCGGAAUGCCAGAGUUCAACUUGUCAGAAGUAGUCCAUGAAGAGGAUCCCUUCUAUAUGUUGGCAAAGAAGUUUGCUGCAGCUGAACAUGGUGGAACCCACCUAGAUGCACCCUUCCACUUCAAUCCCAGUGGAUGGAAAGUGGGGGAUAUUCCUCUGGAUAGACUCAUUGUAUCAGGUGUGAUGAUUGAUAUGGGGGCUGCUGCAGCUAAAGAUCCCGACACCGAGGUUAAGGUUAAAGAUUUAGUUGACUGGGAACAAAACUACGGCCCUUUACCAGAUCCUGUUGCAAUAAUUUUCAAUUUUGGUUGGGCUAAAAAAUACUCAAACAAAACGGAAUAUUUUGGUAUGGUGGCUGAUAAUGAAUCGGAUAUCCAUUUUCCAGGAGUUUCAAAAGAUGCAGCCAAGUGGAUGGUGGAUUCAGGUAAAGUAGUUGGAGUAGGAGUGGACACUCCUAGCAUUGACAGGGGUGCCAACCCUGAGUUUAUAGCACACCAGGUGCUCACUGCUGCCAACAUCUACCUGAUGGAGAACCUAGCACUAGCGGACGCAGGUCUACCACCACGAGGCUUUCAGUUGAUUGUCAUGCCGAUGAAGAUUAUGAACGGAACAGGAGCUCCACUCAGGAUCGUGGCUCAUCAAGUCUCCUCUGCAACAUUCUUCUUUUCUCGAAUCCUUGGCUGGUUUCUAUCCAUUGGGCUGAUGAUAAGGAGCGUUUUUACACAGUAAAGGUGUAAAAGAUUCAUACAACCUUAGUUAAACUAUAGAAAAGUUUUUAGAAUAGAAUAUACAGAAUCUAUUUAAUGGCUGUUAAUUCGUAGUGUUCAUUGGUUCACACCAAACAUUUUGUAGUUUUAUGAAUCACAGCAUUGACUACUGGAUAUUAUAAAGUAGACAUCUCAUCUAUAGACCAGCUGUCACAAUUUUUUCGUACCUCUGGCCAAAAACCAUUUUGGUCUGUGGUACAAACGCUAUUUCAACACUGUCCCCACACUGGUGUCCUCUAUUACCAUUAUUUACCACAAUAAUAGUGCACACUAACAGUCAAAAAACUACAAAUCUAAGGUUAUGUGAAGAAAUAAUUUGAAGAAUCAGCAAAAAUAAUAAUAAAUAGUUGCUAGGCAGCGGUGACAAUAAAACAAGUAUUUUCAAUGCUAUGGAUACUGAUUUUGUAUUAAAUAUGCAGCAGAUUUUAGGCCCUAGGGAUGUAGAAUGCUCGGUCCCCAAGUAACGAUGACAGUUGGUAUAGACAACAAUACCUACAUAUCAUUCGGCCUCCAAAAAACUUUUGUAAAACGGCUAGUGUGUUGUGAAAAAGAACAUUCACAACACACUAUUUAUUGUAAGCUAUAGAAACUGGCUCACACAACAAAAUUUGUACAUAAAAUACAUAAAAUUCGUACAUAAAAAUAUGUCUAAUACCACUUUUAAUGUGAGUCAACAGUGUAAGUGUAAAUAUAUUAUUACAAGUGUUAUUAGACAUAUUUUUAAGUACCGUACUUGUUUGCUGUUAUUGUGUGAGGUUGAAAUUUUAUGAUUCAAACCUUCCAUGUUAAAUUUGAAACCACUUUUUAAAAAGUGAUUUUAUUUUUUAUUGUUACUCGAUCAUAGCAUUAUUUUCACAGCUAUCUUUGAUGAUCCUGUACAACUUUCAAAAGUUAAUACAUUAUCGGAACUCAUCCAGACUGUGGCCAUCAGGCCGUUUCAUUUGAUGGCUUUGUGGAGCUCACGCCAAAGGUAUGAAUAGUUUUUACGUUAAGCCAUUUGACGAAGACGCUGUAAACGAGUAAACGCGUCACGUCGUUGUGGACCACGGGACCAAGAUCAGAACUACGGCGAUCUGAUGGCCGAUUCGUCAGCGGGGAACUACGGAAGAGACAACAUGGCUGAGUAGAUUCACAGGUUAUGAUUUAUGGCAUGUGUUAUGAUUUAUGGUUGUUAAAUCAUAAGUUAUUCAAAAUUUUGCAUAUAUUUAUUUCAGGGUCAAAAAUUUAUAGCGUCCAUUUUAACCCUUUGAGUGCCGACGUCCGGGGAACCGGUCGUUUUUAAAAUGAGCCAAAAGUGCCAACGUCCGGCUGACCGGACGUUUCGUAAUGAUCGAACAGUUGUCAUAACAACCGAAUGGAUACUCGGAUUCUUUUAACCCAUAUAUUAACAUUGAGUCGAAAGUUACUAGAUGCGAUACAUCGAUUUUCGUUGGUCGAAAUAUCAAAAAUUCGAUUUUUACGAAAUUUUAACCUAAAAAUCGCCAGAUCGCGCUCGGCAUUUUUAGCGUGACCCUCGGGAAAAAUCAUCGGCAUUUUUUGAGCGUUACUUUUAUUUCUCGUCUGGCACUCUAAGGGUUAACUUCAGUGUCAGCAUUUAGAUAUCAAUAUUACCUUAAUUAGUCCUUCAUGUUGAGUUUGGUCAACUUUGGUCGGUUAGUUAAUGAUGAAACGAGGGAAUAAAAUACAUAAAAUACUUUUGAUGUCAAAAGGAAAAAUAUUAAAACAUUAACACUUCAAACUGUGAACAUAUUAGAACAACAACAUAAUCAAGCAGCUGAUAUAUAAAAAGAUACAUUAAAAAGAUAUUUGAUUAUAUAACACGAGCAAAACAAUACUAUAUAAAAUCCUCAACAGUUAAUAUAUAGAUUAAAAGGUAAUAAUUCCACAGUAAUAAUGAUUUAAUUAAUGUUUGCAUUCAUCAAAGCUGGCUUCUUGGGCCCGUGAUUCGUGGUAAGCUGCUGCCUCUAAUUAAAUUUAUGGUUCCAUGUCCAUGCCAGAUUUCCAACAUGAAUGGUAAUGUCAUCACAUCCAUCAAACGACCAUAAAACUUAAAGCAACAGAAUGAAUUGCUAACCAAACAUCUUAAACACCAUUCUUUAGCUAACAAAAAGUAUCCAGUAGUUCCAUGUGAAGGAGAUAAAACAAAUAAAAUAUGUAAAAAUUAAAGUAUGUUUAUUUAUGUGUUAGCUGUAAAUUUAUUAGAAAAAAAAAUAGUUGUGAGUACCUAUGUAAGUCUUGAAUAAGUUGGUUGUUCAAAAUUAAUAGUUUAAAUUAUUUUGCUAAUAAAACUCAUGUUCUUUUCAUUACAUUUAUUUUGAAACCAAUAAACCAGCUGAUCAUAUUUAUGUGUUAGCUGUAAAUUUAUUAGAAAAAAAAUAGUUGUGAGUACCUAUGUAAGUCUUGAAUAAGUUGGUGUAAGCUAUUUUUUCAAAACAUAACGACCAUAAAACUUAAAGCAACAGAAUGAAUUGCUAACCAAACAUCUUAAACACCAUUCUUUAGCUAACAAAAAGUAUCCAGUAGUUCCAUGUGAAGGAGAUAAAACAAAUAAAAUAUGUAAAAAUUAAAGUAUGUUUAUUUAUGUGUUAGCUGUAAAUUUAUUAGAAAAAAAAAUAGUUGUGAGUACCUAUGUAAGUCUUGAAUAAGUUGGUUGUUCAAAAUUAAUAGUUUAAAUUAUUUUGCUAAUAAAACUCAUGUUCUUUUCAUUACA